AUGGUCAGCUACAAACUUACCUACUUCGAUGGACGAGGAGCUGCUGAGAUUAUUCGUCAGGUGUUCGUUCUCGCGAGCCAAAAUUUCACAGACGUUCGUAUGAGCCACGAAGACAAUGCCCUUCGGACAGCUUGCCGGUACUUGAAGUUGACGGAAAGCAGCUACCUCAGUCCUAUGCUAUCGUUCCGCUACUUGGCCAGAAAAUUCGGUUUCGCGGGCAAGAGCGAUUGGGAUGAAGCACAGGUCGAUGCGAUUGCUGACCAGUUCAAGGAUUUCCUCAACGAUGUUCGCCCAUACUUCAAAAUCGUUAUGGGAAUGGACAAGGGCGAUCUGGAAACUGCGGCAAAGGAAAUUUUCGAGCCUGCACGUCAAAAAUAUUUCGAACAGUUCACAAAGAUCCUCAAGCAGAACAAGUCUGCAAUGCCCUUCGGACAGCUACCGGUUCUCGAAGUUGACGGAAAGCAGCUACCUCAAUCCUAUGCUAUCGUUCGCUACUUGGCCAGAAAAUUCGGUUUCGCGGGCAAGAGCGAUUGGGAUGAAGCACAGGUCGAUGCGAUUGCUGACCAGUUCAAGGAUUUCCUCAACGAUGUUCGCCCAUACUUCAAAAUCGUUAUGGGAAUGGACAAGGGCGAUCUGGAAACUGCGGCAAAGGAAAUUUUCGAGCCUGCACGUCAAAAAUAUUUCGAACAGUUCACAAAGAUCCUCAAGCAGAACAAGUCUGGAUAUCUUGUCGGAGAUUCAAUAACCUUUGCUGAUCUCUACCUGGCCGAGAUGGCCACUUUCACCGAUAAGUUCCCAAAGCUCUACGAUGGCUUCCCAGAGAUGAAAGCUCAUGCUGAGAAGGUCCGUUCAAAUCCAAAACUGAAGAAAUGGCUCGAAACUCGCCCACAGACGAAUUUCUGA